AUGAGUGACUUCUGGGAAAAGAAUAAAGGUUCUAUCUACUCAGGUGUCUCGACUGUGGGUAAGGCAACUUAUAGAGGAACAAAAUCUCUGGGAAAAGCUGGAUAUAAAGCAAGUAAAUCUCAUAUCGAGUCUUCAAGGAAUAAAAAAUCAUCUACGGAUUCCUCGUCAGAAAAUAUAUCUACAACACCAACUAGUAUCGAUCAACUGAAUGAUCCCAAAAUGUUUCCUCCUCCUCCUUUAAAAGCGGGACAGAAACAAUAUUUAAGUGGAGGUACUGUCAUUGAAGGUGAUACUAAUGGUACUGCAGGUGUGGCAUUCUCUGGUGGACAGGAGAAUGGAAUGGUUCAACAGCAUAUGUCAGGGCAGUAUAUACCAGGGCAGCAUCAGAUACAAGGGCAACAGACAAUGCCAGCACAACAACAAAUGCCAGCACAAGAACAAAUGCCAAUGCAACAGCAAAUGCCAAUGCAACAGCAAAUGCCAAUGCAACAGCAAAUGCCAAUGCAACAGCAAAUGCCAAUGCAACAGCAAAUGCCAAUGCAACAGCAAAUGCCAAUGCAACAGCAAAUGCCAAUGCAACAGCAAACAACAGCACAGCAAACACCAAUGCAACAGACAAUGCCAGGACAACAACAAAUGCCAAUGCAACAAACACCAAUGCAACAGCAAACAACAGCUCAGCAAACAACAGCUCAGCAAACACUAGUAUACGAGGUGCCGCCUCAUGGACAGACAUCGGCCAUUUAUACCAGAGCCUCUCCAGUGCCACCUACAGAAGCUCAACAAAACGCAUAUGUUAGAAGUGCAAUGCCACUGCCAUCAGGACAAUCUACUCUGCCUGCCGCUCCCCCAAGGGCUGUGCCGCAACCUCCUACUGUCCCAAGUCGUUCAGAUACGACCAACUCGACUUCAGAUCUAGAACAAUCUGUUGGUCCACAAUAUGAAGUAAAACCAUUUGAUCAAGUUGCAUAUAUCGAAGAAAGAGAAAAAAGAGGCAAGAAGAUAGAGAUAUCAAUAGCAGAUGUGUCCAACUUUUCAGCACCUCCCUCUCAUAAAGAUCGAACAGUAGAAGUGCCAAGAAGGUCUUUAUUAAAGAAGAAAGAAACGCCUUCCUACACCCCUUCCAAAUCAGCAACGCCGCCUUCUGCCACGAUGUCACCUUCGGCUAAUUCCACUGGCGCUGUAUCAAAACCUGAGGAGGCUGUUCCUAGAGCAGCUAUAGUUGGUGAAUAUAAACCAAAUGAUGUUUCAUUUGCUCCACCUUCUAAACCACAUAUUAACCCGGAAACUUCUCCACACUAUCAACAAAUGAUGAAUAGACCAACUUUAAAUAAACCAUCUAGUUCAGGAAGUAGUGUCAGUGCACAUGCUGGUAUUCCUUCAGGGCACAAGGAACCAGCGAAGCCACAAUCAGUAGUACCAGUAAAACCACAAAUAUCAUUACCGUCAAACUCUGCACCAAAAUUACCUGGAAGGGAUAGUACAACUGCAGCUAAUGAUUCUGAUGCAUUUGAAAAACCUGGGAUUACUGGUGCUUAUGUUGAAGCAGCUGUGAAUUUUGCACCUCCUCCAAAACCGCAUAUAAACCCUGAUACCUCACCAAACUAUGUCAAAAUGAUGAAUAGGCCAACUUUAAGUGGGGAUAAGACACCUUCAACGGGUUUUCAAUCACAAGGUUACAGUGUUAAAAGAGCUAGUCACUCCAAUCCUUCUUGGACGGCAAAUAUGCCCUCUCAGAUUGAUAGUAACCAGAAUUCAAAAAAUAUAAAUCAGACUUCUCUCGAUGGCUGUAGUGGAUCACCGAUCAAUGGUAGUCCUUUGAAUAAACCAAAUGACUCAGAAAGUGCUGGAGUAACGUCAUUACAUCAGGGAGUUUCAAAUGAAGGGUUUGUAUCAUCGAAUAAAGAUGCGUCAUUUCAGAUUGAAAGCAACACCUCGACCGUGGAUGAAUCUAAUUAUAUGACUUCUAACUUGAAGAAUAUAGGUGGCUUCGAAUCUGAGCUGUCGUCAAGACUCUCAAAUAUGUCCAUGACGAAGGACGUAUCAGGCCAGAAGAAGGCUCCACCGAAGGUUCCUGUCAAGAAAAAUGGUCUAGCUAGUCCAGAAAGUGCCAACAAGAAACUACCUCCUCAGGUUAAACCUAAACCAAAAAUUUUAAGCGGCAAGAUACCACCACCUGUACCAAAGAAAAAAGUUAGCCUGAGUAAUGACAGUUGA